AUAGUGAGACCCAAAGAUCGAGUAAAGAAGGAAGAGGCUCGGAGGAGAGUAGUGGAACAACCAGCCAAGGGAGUGACUCUAGUGAGGAGAGCGACUGAGAACUGGUGCAUGGAAAGUGUGGUGGAACACGGGGUAGCCCAAUCUCCAAAGACCGCCACUAUGGGGCGAGCCGAGGAAGACGCCGAAUUAGGGGCGAGGUUGAGCAAGACAGCCGAAGGGGCAGAGGCUAUGGGCAGGGCCCUAAGAAGCCAGGAAGAACCCAUCGGGAAGAAAGUUGCGGAACCACGCACAAGCUCGGAUGAGCGUUUGCACCGAAAGGUGGAACCACGUAUCCCUAUGAGAGAAAGGGUGGUCGAAGCCACAAGGGGCGUCCCUGUCGAAACCAGGCGGACCACGUGGAAGAGAGAAUCGGCAAGGGGCAGGAGUGCCCUCAUGGCAGGACUGGGUGCUGGGCACCAAGGAGGAGCGAGGAAGGUGGCCCGAGGAGGAGAGAACUUGGGGACGGACGACCAACCGAAAUUGGGGGAGGACCGCGAAGAUGGGCAAGCAGGGAGGUCGGGCCCCCUUGGGUACGAGAAGAGGCGGCAAGAAGGAAUAUGGGAGGACCCGGAGAUAUAUGGAGAGGGGGCAGGGCCCCGGAGUCCAUGCACUGGGAACGCGAAGAACCAGGCCAGAGCGUCGCUGCCUCCCGGGCCUCCCGCGGCGACGGGAGCGCCACCUCAGGUCGCUUCCCGCCGUAACAACCCACCGCCUCGAACCGGGUGUGUCUACUGUAAUGAGGAGGGUCAUAUCAAACGAGAGUGCCCUUACCUUACGGAAGCCUUGAGAUUAGGGGUGGUGAAAUUAAAUGAGAAUAAGUGGGUAGUUUGGGGGGAAAACGGGGAGGCAGUCUCCUUCUAUCCCUCCAUGAAGGUGAAUGUGGACAAGAGGAUAGCCCUCCGGGAGGCAAGUUCGGGGAAGAAGCCUGAGAUUGGGGGUACCUCCAACUCAUCCCAUGUCCAAAUAAAGGAAUCAUCAGGAGACGUGUCCAUUAGGGAACCCCAGGUGUCCAGCAUCAAGUUCGUUGAAACCCAGCCCGAAGAGGAGGGGCCUUGCCUAAGGGUAAGAACCCAGGUUGGGGCCGAGACGUCUAAAGGCAAAGAGAGCGUGGCGGAAGAUGGAGGAAGAAGGAGCGGCGACGAUGACCAACCGAUGGCCGAUGCCAAAGGUGUGGAGGAAAGGAAGGAGAAACCCACUUCACCCAAAUCGUCUAGGAAGAGGGGGGCGAAAAAGUUCGAAAUGAAAUGCACCUUGGAUGAGAUAGACACGGUAGCUCCCCUACGGAGGAACCUGAUGCAGCAUAUGCAGUGCACGCUUCUGGAAUACGUAGCAGCCAGCAAAAGCGCUAGGGAAGAACUCCUAAGCAUCACGAAGAAAGUGAGAGUCCCGCUCGCCGGAGGACCCAUGGUACCGGGGGAUGGUCCAGCCAAGGAAGAAGUGCAGUCCUCCCGAAUCACCAUGGAGGAGCUGCGGACUAACUUCUUCUCGGGAGAGGAGGCCAAAAAGUUCUAUGUAUUAGGGAGCGGCCAGCUCCAAGCGGUGGUGAGUGGAAAGAAGAUGAGGGCUCUAGUGGACAAUGGGUCCGAGUCCACGGUAUGUAGAGACUUCAAUGCCCGGGAGUUAGGAUUGGAAAUAGAUAGGGGGGUAUCGAUGUCAAUGGUCGUAGCGGAUAACAAGCUACAACCGGUAGAGGGGGUGUGUCACAACCCCGUGAUCGAGGUCGUGGACGUUGAAGUCUCGGUCCCAAUAUUUUCGGUAAAAGAGUGUUCCUCCGAGUUGAUCCUCGGUAGAACCUGGCUGAGCGAGGUUCACGCUACCAUGGUUGACCUACCUGAUGGAAGUCAGACCCUCUCCAUCCAAAGUUCGGAUGGAAUCCGGGUGGUCCUAAAGACCGUGGACGCACAAGAUGAACGGAACCGGACCAACAUUCCUAGACGGAAGGGGGCCCAGUCGAGGGUAUGCCAAGUCCGUCUGGAAGAGGCACUCCUUUCGGGUGGGGAACCCCCGGGUGACCGGUUAGAGGUCGAGGAUGUCUGGGACAGGGUUGUGAUCAACAGGAUAGGGUAUGGGAAGGAGGACGAGGAGGAGGAGUUCGGUGGAUGUGUGAGACUGUCUUUUUUUGAGGAAUCCCCCUAGCCGGCGGAAUCAAGAAGCAUAAAACCG